UACGGCUGCCUCCAUCUCUGCCGCCGCCAUGGAUGUGACUUCUCUCGCUAACUCCUACUCUCCUGCUGUAUUCAUCGGGAAAUCAUGUCCCCCCAAGUUUCGUCCUUUCAGAUCCUCGUCAGUUUCGUUUUCCCGCAAAACCCUAACUCCUAUCCGAUACUCUUCUUCCGCCUCCGAUCACUCCCCCACCUCCGCCGUAUCCUCCUCUAGCCCUGCGAUAGCAGAUAGAUCUGAAACCUCCUUGAAAUCCCGCCUCCGCCGAGGAGAAACGCUCUACGGCAUGUUUCUGCUCUCGUUCUCGCCGGCUCUGGCCGAGAUCGCUGCUUUCUCCGGUUACGAUUUCGUCGUCAUCGACAUGGAGCACGGCCCCGGCGGUAUCAUGGAGGCGCUGCACUGCAUCCGAGCCCUCGAAGCUGCCGGCGCUGCCACCAUUCUCCGGCUACCGGAGAACUGCCCGACCUGGGCGAAAAAAGCCCUAGAUCUCGGUCCACAGGGGCUGAUGUUCCCCAUGAUCGAGUCCCGCAAGGACGCGAGCAAAGCGGUGUCGUAUUGCCGCUUCCCUCCCGACGGCGUCCGGGGAUCGGCGCACCCGGUGGUGCGCGCCUCCAAGUACGGAGUCGAUGAGGGGUAUUUAGGUAAUUACGCGGAGGAGCUGCUGAUAAUGUGCCAGGUGGAGUCGGCGGAGGGGGUGAAGAAGGCGGAGGAUAUCGCGGCCGUCGACGGAGUGGACUGCGUGCAAAUGGGACCGUUGGAUCUGAGCGCGAGCAUGGGGUACCUCUGGGACCCAGGGCACAAGAAGGUGAGGGAGAUGAUGAGGAAGGCAGAGAAGGCGGUGCUGACGUCAGAUCCGGCGAAAGGUGGGGCCUACUUGUCGGGGUUCGCGGUGCCGCACGACGGCGCCGGCGAUCUCCGGGCGCGUGGGUAUCACAUGGUGUCGGGAGCAGUGGACGUGGGGUUGUUCAGAAGCGCCGCCAUGGAAGACGUGAGGAGGUUUAAGAUGGGAAUGGUUAACGAAUCGGACGGUGAGGAUGAGACGGAGCUCGAGAAGGACGGUGACGAUGAGAAGUACUGGAGCGAAUGAUUAAUAAUUUAAUCGUAUCCGAGAAAAAAAAAAUCAAUAAAUGCCGAGGGAGGAUUGUCAAUUU